UGAAAAAAAAAUUCUGUCAUCAGUCAGGUAAUGAUAAUGAGGCCAUUGAACAAAUCGAUGAAGAUAUAGCUGUGACUCAGAGUCAGAUGAACUUUAUUUGUCCCAUUACACAGAUGGAAAUGAAGAGGCCAGUUCGAAACAAAGUCUGUGGACAUACUUAUGAAGAAGACGCCAUUCUAAAAAUUAUCCAGACUCGAAAGCAGCAAAAGAAAAAAGUCCGAUGCCCUAAAAUUGGCUGUAGCCAUGCUGAUGUAAAAGGAUCAGAUCUUGUGCCAGAUGAAGUACUUAAAAGAGCGAUUGACAGUCAGAAUAAAAAAAGCUGGUCAACACUGGAGAAGUCAGCUGGAUAUGCUGAUGCCACAAAGAAAAUUUGUUGUUAGAGGUCUUGUGAGAUAAGCUGCUGAUUGUAAGUAGGUUGUGUAACUGAUUGUUAUUUAAAGUGUUUCAUUUAUAGGCAAAGUUGAAGGUCUCAGCUGUAACUGAAAGCAUUUUUUAAACUGCCGAAUAUGAGGAAUUCCAGUUUAACUUGUUUUUUUUAACCUUCCUGCAAUUCUAAAAGCUUGCAUUUGAUAAAUAAAACGUGUUUUGCAGCAUUUAACCUUCCU